UAUGGCUAAUAUUGCAGGAUACAAAGCAGUAGUAUUGGCAGCGAAUGAAUUUGGCAGAUUCUUAGCUGGUUAAAUGACAGCAGCUAAAGUUUUAGUUAUCGAAGCAAGAGUUCUUCCGUGGAUUUGAAAUUAAUCCUGCAGCCAUUAAAGCUACUAAAGUUGAAGGUGCUCUUACUGAAAUCAAUGUUGAAUAAGCUGUUGAAAUGAUGGUUAAUAGUAAAUCAAUUAUUAUCGUUCCUGGAUAUGGUUUGGCAAUUGCUAAAGCAUAGUAUCCUUUAGCUGAUAUGUGCAGAACACUUAUUGACCAAGGAAUUAAGGUUAGAUUUGUUAUUCAUCCAGUUGCUGGUAGAAUUCCUGGAUAAUUGAAAAUCUUAUUGGCUGAAGCUGGUAUUCCUUAUGAUAUUGUAUUCGAAAUGGAUGAAAUUAAUGAUGAUUUCCCUGAUACUGAUCUUGCAAUUGUUAUUGGAGCUAAUGACACCGUCAAUUCAGCUGCUGAGAAAAUCAAAAUUCACCAAUUGCAGACAAUUGACAAUCCAGAAUAAUAUGUUAUUGGGUGAUGCUAAGAAAACUU